CAAAACGAGGCCUGUAUAUUCAACUCGUUGGCGAGGGAAAACAAAUCAUGUUUACGUUUUCUUUUUAUUUUGUCUGAUAAGUAAUUUAAUACCCACGGCUAUUGAAUGCAUCUACAAAGCAUGUCUAUCUUGAAUCAAGCGGCCGUAGAGGCUCUGUGCUCGGCAACAUACCUGGAAAAUUACCUUGAAACUAUGGACAAUCUACCGGACGAUUUGCAACGGAUUGUCACUCAAUUGCGCGAACUUGACAUUCAGUGUAGAACCAUUCUGAAAGAUACAGAGCAACACAAGGAAACAUACCUGAGGGAAGAAAGUGGACAGGUGAAGAAAAAAGCCUUUAUAGCAAUCAAGAGGGCACUUGUUAGGUGCCAGGAAAUUGGGGAUGAAAAACUUCAUUUAUUGACAUUGAUAAAUGAGUUCAUAGAAAAUAGACAGCGACAAUUGGAACAAGACAGAGAAAAUCUUGGAAAUUUCUUUGAUCCAACUUCAUCAUCAGCUAGUGUGAAGGAUCAUGACAAGGAAGAAAUUAUACCACAGCCGCCAGUUGUUAAUAACAUAAAGGUGAGCAAACAGGAGGAAAAAAUCGAACAGCGAGUGGCACCCUCAGCAAAUAAGCGACAGAGACGUCAGAAGAACCAUGAUAACCUCAUUAAAGAAGAGGAGGAUAAGCCAAAGAAAAAGAAGAAGAGAAAGACGAAGAAAGAUAAAGAACAGUCGCCCAUAGAUCCUCCCAUCGACCCAGAUGAGCCGACGUAUUGUCUGUGUCAACAGGUGUCGUACGGGGAAAUGAUUGGGUGUGACAAUGAUGCUUGUGCAAUCGAAUGGUUCCAUUUUAACUGUGUAGGACUUACCAGUAAACCGAAAGGGAAAUGGUAUUGUCCCAAGUGCCGAGGGGACACAUGUAAAGUUAUGAGAAAAAUUUGACUUUGACAGUCAUCCAUAUAUGACUUCUGGAUGAACGAGCCUGAAUUUUUAUUCUAUUGCUUGGCAUCAAAAAAAUUAACAAGCUCUGCUAUCUUAAAUCCAGAAUUUGAGGAAGCCCGUAAAAAGCAUAUUACCAGUGCAGGGCUUGUGGGCUUGUGCUAAUUUUGACUGCUGUGAGGCAGUUUGCUGUUCAUUGUCGCUGGUACUGGAAUGUGUUUCGAAUAGCAGGGCAACCAUAUAUUUAACUGGUGGAGUGAUCUCCGACUGGCUACAUAUUGAAUGAUGACCCUACAUGCAUUUGCACUUUAGUAUGCGAAACUUGCAUAUCAACAUGUACAUGUAUGUAGAUAUGUUUCAGACAGGAAAAAUAUGGCGAGUUACAUCCUGUUCUAGUAGUGCUGUGCUGGGCCAAUCAUUAACUAAUGUCUUGAGUCUGAAUUUGAGACUAUGACUGAGAAAAGCAAACUAAA